GUUACAUCCUGGUAAUCUCGAGACAGGAAGUGCAAAUGAAAACACAAGGAGGCUGAAGGGGAGGGCCAAGAGUCUAACAGAAGCGGCUCUGUAGUGUUUGAAUAAUAUAUCAAAUAGCUUCAGGAGUAUUUUUAACAUUAUAGAACAUAUUUACUUUACCCGUGGGGUGAUAGAAGCCCGUGUUCUGCAAUGAACAUCCGUUAAUGGGAAUACUCAGGAAUCUCACCUCUAAUGUGGCUGUAAUUCGUCUGACUUCAAUAAGAAACAACAACACGGUAAGCAUGGCAAGACGACUUCAAGCGAGCAGGACGGACGGUGUGGACAAAAAUGUUUGGGUUGAAUUCACAAAGCUGGCAGCAGACUACAAAGCAGUGAACCUGGGUCAGGGAUUCCCUGACUUCUCCCCUCCAAAGUUUGUGCAGGAUGCUUUCUGUAAAGCUGUGACUGGAGGAUACCAGAUGCACCAGUACACCCGAGCUUUUGGUCACCCCCCACUUGUAAAAAACAUGGCUAAGUUCUUCAGCAGGGUUGUGGGACAUGAGAUUGAUCCGUUUGAGGACAUCCUGGUCACAGUCGGAGCGUAUCAGGCUCUUUUUAGCACCUUUCAAGCUCUGGUUGAUGAAGGAGAUGAGGUCAUAAUUGUCGAGCCGUUCUUUGACUGCUACCAGCCCAUGGUGAAGAUGGCUGGAGGGACAGCAGUGUAUGUCCCUCUGAGACCUAAAGCGGAUGGUGCCAUCCUGUCAAGUGGAGACUGGGUUUUGGAUCCUGUGGAGCUGGAGAGUAAAAUCACUCCACGAACAAAAGCCAUUGUUAUCAACACUCCCAACAACCCUUUAGGAAAGGUGUAUAAGACUGAGGAGCUCCAGAUGAUCGCUGAUCUGUGCAUCAAACAUGACAUGCUGUGCGUCAGUGAUGAAGUGUACGAGUGGCUGACUUAUGACGGAGCCAAGCAUGUCAAGAUAGCCAGCCUUCCUGGGAUGUGGGAGCGAACCAUCACUGUUGGCAGUGGGGGAAAAACGUUUAGCGCCACUGGCUGGAAGGUUGGCUGGGCCAUCGGGGCUGGACAUGUCAUCAAACACCUGAAAAUCAUCCAUCAGAACACCGUCUACCACUGCGCCACGGCUGCUCAGGAGGCGGUCGCUCAGGGAUUUGAGAGAGAGUACGAGGUGUACGGGACUCCAGAGAGUUACUUCAAGCAGCUUCCUGCCAUGCUGCAACACAAGAGGAACAAGCUGGCUGCGUGUCUGCAGGGUGCGGGUCUGCAGCCCAUCAUGCCAGAGGGAGGAUACUUUAUGAUCGCAGACAUCUCCUCUGUCGAGGUGGACUUAAAUGGCACGGGCACUGAGGGAGAAUCCUAUGACUUCAGAUUUGUGAAAUGGUUGACUAAAGAGAAGGGUUUAGCAACAAUCCCCGUUUCUGCAUUCUACAGUCCAGAGCACAGCAAGGAGUUUGACAAAUACGUCCGAUUCUGUUUUGUCAAGGAGGACUCCACUAUAGAUGCAGCAGGUGACAUCUUGAAGAAGUGGAGCGAGGGACAGUAAAACUGUCAGCAAUCCCCGUCCAAUCACGUUUCACCGAGCCACUCAUACCAACCUGGUUUACCUCCUGUGUUAAAACAAGCCAUGUUCAGUGUUCCUGUGUUAAUGAUGCAUAACCACAACGUCCACUUCUGGUUUGUCCUCAUAUAAUACUGUCCUUAAAAUGCUGUGAAAAAAAUGCAAAUCUUUCAAAAUAUUUCUGUGCAAUGAUUGUAAGAGAAAUAUUUUCAAUAUGGUAAAUUUAACUCAAUAAUCUAUGUGACGUAUUUACAUUUGAACUUAAAUUAUGUUCAGUUACCAAAGGGAUAUAUUUUUCUCAAAUCAAAUUUUAUUAAAGACUUUAAAGCACU